GUUGCCUUAUCGAAGACGUCAUGAUGGAAUAUUUUAAAUAAUUCUUUAUAAAAGUUCAAAAUGACCAUCCACAAUUUGUAUAUUUUCGAUAGAUAUGGCACUCUUCUUUACUACGGAGAGUGGAAUAGAUCAAAACAAGCAGGAAUGUCUCGUGAAGAGGAAGGAAAACUAAUGUAUGGUAUGCUGUUCUCCAUCAAGUCUUUUGUGGCCAAAAUUUCACCUCUAGAUCCAAGAGAAGGUUUCCUUUGCUACAAAACUUCGAAAUACACACUACACUGCUUAGAGACACCUUCGGGACUCAAAUUUGUUAUGAACACAGACAACCAAGCUCAAGGUGUUAGAGAUUUAUUGAAAAAGAUCUAUGCUGAGAUUUAUGUAAAAUACGCUAUGAGAAAUCCUUUGUGCACAAUUGGAGAACCGAUCACAAGUGAGCUUUUUAGAAAUAAACUUGAUGCUUUUAUUAAACAGACUACGAUUCAUGCUGUUCGAGCAUCCUGAUAAGAUUAUAACUAAACAGCUUGCUAAACAGAUGUUUAUAAU